GGUAGUUGAGUUCACAGUCCUGUCGUGAUUACGAGUGCUAACUCCAGUUCUCUCUCUGCUGACGACCAAAAUACGACAGAAAUACGACCGGAAUACGACCGAAAUACGACCCUGGACUGUUUGAAUGGACAAAUAAGGGGUGCCAGCGUGCGUUUGGACACCGCCGGAAUGGACAUCACCACCCGCUGCACCCUGGGCGACCCUAACAAGCUGCCGGAGGGCGUGCCUCAGCCCGCGCGCAUGCCCUAUGUCUCGGACAAGCACCCGCGGCAGACGCUGGAGGUGAUCAACCUGCUGAGGAAGCACCGUGAGCUGUGCGACGUGGUGCUGGUGGUGGGCGCGAAGAAGAUCUACGCGCACCGCGUCAUCCUGUCGGCGUGCAGCCCCUACUUCAGAGCCAUGUUCACGGGGGAGCUGGCCGAGAGCCGCCAGACCGAGGUCGUCAUCCGCGACAUUGACGAGCGCGCCAUGGAGCUGCUCAUCGACUUCGCCUACACCUCGCAGGUGACGGUAGAGGAAAGCAACGUGCAGACGCUCCUGCCGGCCGCCUGCCUCCUGCAGCUGGCUGAGAUCCAGGAGGCGUGCUGCGAGUUCCUGAAGCGUCAGCUGGACCCCUCCAACUGCCUGGGCAUACGGGCCUUCGCCGACACACACUCGUGCCGGGAGCUGCUGCGCAUCGCAGACAAGUUCACCCAGCACAACUUCCAGGAGGUGAUGGAGAGUGAAGAGUUCAUGCUGCUCCCAGCCAAUCAGCUGAUAGACAUCAUUUCGAGUGACGAGCUGAAUGUGCGCAGUGAGGAGCAGGUGUUCAACGCGGUCAUGGCCUGGGUCAAGUACAGCAUCCAGGAGCGGCGACCGCAGCUCCCGCAGGUCCUGCAGCAUGUGCGUCUCCCUCUCCUGAGCCCCAAGUUCCUGGUGGGCACGGUGGGCUCCGACCCCCUCAUCAAGAGUGACGAGGAGUGCAGGGACCUGGUGGACGAGGCAAAGAAUUACCUGCUCCUCCCUCAAGAACGCCCCCUAAUGCAGGGUCCUCGCACACGGCCCCGGAAGCCUAUCCGCUGCGGUGAGGUCCUGUUUGCCGUAGGCGGAUGGUGCAGCGGUGAUGCCAUCUCCAGUGUGGAGCGAUACGAUCCCCAGACCAACGAGUGGCGGAUGGUGGCCUCCAUGAGUAAGCGCCGGUGUGGCGUGGGCGUCAGCGUCCUCGACGACCUGCUCUACGCCGUCGGAGGCCACGACGGCUCCUCUUACCUGAACAGUGUGGAGAGGUACGAUCCCAAGACUAACCAGUGGAGCAGUGAUGUGGCUCCCACCAGUACAUGCAGGACCAGUGUGGGUGUGGCUGUGUUGGGUGGUUAUUUGUAUGCAGUGGGUGGCCAGGAUGGUGUCUCAUGUCUCAACAUAGUAGAAAGAUACGACCCGAAGGAGAACAAGUGGACGCGCGUGGCAUCCAUGAGCACGCGACGUCUGGGUGUGGCCGUGGCUGUGCUGGGCGGGUUCCUCUAUGCCGUCGGAGGCUCGGACGGCACUUCUCCUUUAAACACUGUGGAGAGGUACAACCCGCAGGAGAACCGCUGGCACACGGUGGCACCCAUGGGCACCCGACGCAAGCACCUGGGCUGUGCCGUCUACCAGGACAUGAUCUACUCUGUGGGCGGCCGCGACGACACCACCGAGCUCAGCAGUGCCGAGAGAUAUAACCCUCGGACCAACCAGUGGUCACCCGUGGUUGCCAUGACGUCCAGGCGGAGCGGGGUCGGCUUGGCUGUGGUGAACGGCCAGUUGAUGGCAGUGGGGGGUUUUGACGGCACUACAUACCUGAAGACAAUAGAAGUGUACGACCCAGACGCCAACACGUGGAGGCUCUACGGUGGCAUGAACUACAGGAGAUUGGGAGGAGGGGUUGGGGUAAUAAAAAUGACUCACUGUGAAUCACAUAUAUGGUAAUACCCCCAGCACCCCCUCCUCUGGUACCCCGCACCCUAGAUGCUUUCACAUAGCUUGUGCCUCUCAUUGAGACUUUGAUUCAUGUGCAAGAGGACAGAAAAGACUACACGCGCAAGACUAUUUCAUCUCAAGCCACUGAGGUCACAACGCCAAGGAUCUCCAGCUGCCAACUGACGACGGUCCACCGCAGGGCUACAGUCUGAGGUCCUCCGCACAGGACCUGCCCCCGAGCGGAAGGCCAGUUUCCGUUCACGAGACAUGAAGCUGCUCGGAAAGGCAGGCGGCAGAUGUAUGUGUGAGACUUCUGAAUUGCGUGACUCAUCACGGUAAAGUGAAGCUAAUGUGCAUCACAGCCCUACCUAAAUACGAGUGCUAGAGUGUUUGAAUUGUUUUAAUCCUAUGAAUUGGAUGCACUGUGAUGUUUUUUUUCCCCCCAUUUUGUUGAUUGCUGUUUUUCUGUGUUGUCCCACCUGCUGCUUCACCCCCCCGGAGACGUUGGUGGUGCUAGAGAGGUAGUUUACACGAACAAUGUCACGCUGGAUUUCCGACAUUAGCGGUUAUUUUGGAUUUAUAAACUCCCUGCUUCGAUCUGGUUUUAGUUUUAAUAAAGCAGCUCCGUGUUUGGGAAACGAACCAACCACGUUUUAACCGGUCCUCUUUAUGCUGUGCAAAAGAGUCUCCGCUUUCCGCUGCAAGGUGGCUGUACCCAGCUCGCAGCGAGGGCUCGUCUGUCUGGUCAGCAGCAAGGCCACCUCUGGAAGAACAUGGAGGGGAGAACAGUGGGGAUGGUUCUUCCAGCCAGUGGCGGGUAUUUAUCUCGCAGUACCAACAGUAGCAGACAGGGGGUGCCCUCAGCCAGGCGCUGCCCUUGUCCACACUUCCAUCCUGUUUGUAUUGCUUCUGUCCCUGCAGACCUGGUCUGGGACAGGGUGAGCUACCGUAGACCCAUGUGAUGUCCACCAUAUCAUUUUCUGAAGAGGUUUUGAGCAUUUCGGCACUAUUCACAUCCAUGUGGUAGGAAUGUGCACUUUAUCCUGGAAGGAGUGCUGAGGAUGUUCACUAACUGUUCUGUUUUAAACACAGUGACACGUAAUCAUAAAAUACCAAUGGUGGGUUAUGUUUUUAAUGUGGAUGGCGUUCAUAAGCUAUGGCCCCUAGGGUAAUAGUUUCUGAUACAUGAACAAACGGUGUCCUGUUCUGACCUGCAAACUUUGCAUCUAAAUGUUGAGAUUUACUAAAUAAAUUAAAAAAAAAAGUUA